GAAAAAGGAAAAAAGAGAAGAGAAAAAUAUAGUCCAAAUAUAAGGUGUAUGGUAGGUAGUCUCAGUCUGUUGUGAAACAAAAUCCAAAGAAAGGCCUCAAACUUUCUCUGAAGCCAAUUCUCAACUCCAAUUCCACAAACAAAGAGUCUUGAAGAGAUACAUUUCAUUCUUCAUUGCAGUUUGAGUUUUAUAGACGAGAAUGGAAUCUAGCAGGGCUGGCCAGAAUGGAAUUCAACAACUUUUAGCUGCCGAGCAGGAAGCCCAACACAUCGUCAAUACUGCCAGGACCGCUAAACAGGCUAGAUUGAAGCAGGCCAAGGAAGAAGCCGAGAAAGAGAUAGCUGAAUUCCGUGCUUACAUGGAGGCUGAGUUUAAGAGAAAGCUUGAGCAGACUAGUGGUGACUCAGGUGCUAAUGUCAAACGUCUUGAGGCAGAAACAAAUGAAAAGAUCGAGCACCUGCAGACUGAAGCGUCAAGAGUCUCCUCUGAUGUUGUCCAGAUGCUUCUGAGGCAUGUAACCACAGUGAAGAACUAAGAUCUUCUGUGGAUGCAGUGGGUCAAGCUUAAUGUCAUUUUGCAGAUUUAUGCUCCCCCCCUACUUAUGGUUCUCUUGCUUGAUGAGUCCGAUGGAUGUUCACCAUUUGUAUUGUAUGUUUGUUAUUAUUUAUUUUCUUGGUCUGUUGAAUAAAGCACAACUCAUUCGAGCUCCUUUCUACCUGUGUUUGUAAACUUAAGAUCAGAAACCAAGGUUCAGUGUCUAGUCAUGGCAGUUUCUUAUUUAUCUAGAAUCCGAGUUAUGUAAUGAACUUGUCUCUGCAUGUUUAAUGUUGUACGAAGUGAUGCAGCUGUAAAAAAGGAGUGAGACUGUCUUUCUGUUGAUAAA